CAGCGCCCCGCCGACGACUUCUUUGCUCACCUGGAGCCCUCCAAGGUUGUCGAGGCAUUGACACCGCCCGAUGGCGUCCUCAGGGGCUGCCUCGCAGAGGCUUCCGCGCUCGAGCGCGACUUCGCCAUGCGGACGGCCGUGGCAUCCCAGAAGAUCUGGCAAUGGCUCAACGAGCUGAACCAGUGGAAUUGGCCAAAACAAGCGGGGUCCGGGGGGUUCCUCGAGCCGAGCAACACGCAAAGGAAGCUCUUUGCUCAGGCCCUGACCCCUGAAGAGGAGGCUGGCAGGAAGCAUUACAUGGGCAGCCUCCUCGCCGAAGAGGUGGAAAAAUACGAAGCCAGAAUCAACCAAAUCAACAGAGACAUGGACGAGCUGGAUCUCGAGGAGAUCAAAGGUCACGUCAUGAGCGACCACAUCCUACCGCUGUCCAGACCGGGUACCCCCAUCAACAUGGACCCCAGUCGCUCGAUGCUAUCGGCCUUAUCGGGCUAUCACAAAAUGGAGGACAUUUCCGUCCUCAUCACCGCCAUUGUCGUGCAGACCCUGCCCAACCUGGCAAGGCUGUCGCGCCUGCUGCAGCUGUGGCACAUGCGCAUCACCGUUCUUCGGCACGUCAAUCCCUUUCUCCAAUCCAUCCAAGAGGUCGAAGCCCUUCUUGGAGAGAACUGGGAGGCCAUUUCGCAGUCCCACUGGGAGAUGGAGCGCCCCAGCAGGAAGGCCAUCGUCUUGCCCCCGCGCAUCCUGACCUCCAAGGACUUUGACGCUAGAAGGCAGUCGCUCGCGCUCAAGGUUGCCGAGCCCGGCCGGACCCUGGACUACAUGCUCGACUGCUUGGAGGGCGCCCCGGACACCCUCCCGGAUGAGUGGCUCACUCGCAUGGAGGAUGUAGAGCAGGGCUAUGGCGAAUGGGUCUCCGCUUGUGAGCGAAAGAUGGCCGAAGCCAAGUUGGCCAAGACCAAGCCCAAGACACUUCAUCUCAGGAAGAACUCUUCGCUCUCACCGUCUCCCACGAGGGCUCAUGCCGAGAGCAAGCUCUCGCCGCCUGAUGCUCCUGAAGUGUCUGCAUCUCCCGCCAUGGCCAAGAGCCGCCUCCGCGAGGCGUCUCAUCCCGAUGGCGACAGCCCACCAAGCUCGCCUCCAGAGGUGGCCCGACGUGCCAGGGGGGCUGCCAUGGGCCUUCUCGACAGCCCCAUGGUGGCAGCGACGCCCGAGGAUGACGAGUCCUUCUUACAAUCGACCUAUGAGGAUUCCUUUCUCGACGACUUUGAGGACUCGUACGCUCCCGAUAUCCCCGGCCCGCCUUCCCGCCGGGAAAGCGCUGGCGAACAGCAGCUGCGUCUACAGAUCAGCCAGAUCAUUGAGUCUAUACCAGCCAAAAUCAGGCUCAACAACGGAACAUCGGGUAUCAACCUGAACCCGCCGGAUCUCCAACUCCCCCGCUUGAGAUCGAAACCGUCCAGGGAGCCCAUGAAGCGGAGUACCUCGGGCAUGUCCACCCGAACUGCCACGCCCUCUUUCACUCUGUCUCCCGUCAAGCAGAGGACGCGCUCCAAGGGCCAAUAUCCAAUCAGGGUCUAUCAUCUCUCUAGGUCGGAUAAUGAGGCCCCCAUCAAGCUGUUCAUCCGCUGUGUUGGAGAAAACGGAGAGCGAGUCAUGGUUCGCGUUGGCGGCGGCUGGGCCGACUUGUCCGAGUACCUCAAGGAGUACGCCAGCCAUCAUGGCCGCCGCUCCAACGGCAAAGACAAGGUCAAGGUGGAAGUCCGCGACAUUCCUCGCGCAUCUAACCCACCGACCAAUGCCAGCCCUCCGAGCCGGCCACCUUCCGCUGCCGACGACCGCUCUUCCGCGAGCCCUCUAGGUGCGCGCAAGCCUCGCACCAGCAGCCUCAACAACUCCCUGCGCCCCAAGACUCCAGUCACGCAAGGUCAGGCUGCUGCAGGCACGCCUCCAUCUGAAGGCUCGGCCAUUUCGAGACCCAACUCACGGCUUAGCUGGGUAGAGGACGAGAGUUCCUUCUUGGGUCUAGCAGGGCCAAAGGGCAAAAAGAUUGAAAUGAGCGAGGAAAGCAAGGCUUGGGUGGAAAGCGUCAAGGAAAAGGUACGCAUGGCCAGUGGCCCGGACAGGAAGUCCAAUGAGAAGAAGUUUGGCGAGAUUGGCAAAGCCGGGGGCACGAAGCGCGUGUUCAGGAGAGGCUAA